AUGGCGAUUCUGCCUGUAGAUCUCAUCGUGGACAUCCUCUGCCGCCUGCCUGUGAAACCCCUAAAGCGAUUCAGGUGCGUAGCAAAACUAUGGUGCUCUAUAAUUGACAGCCAAGAUUUCGUCAAGAUGCACCUGCAAAAAUCAACAACCAGGAAUUCCAAUCAAAAUCUGAUUCUUGGAGGCCUGGGUCUUUAUUGCGUAGAUUUGGAUUUACUUGACAAAGCCCUUGCGAUCAAACCCCCGUUUUAUUAUAAGAGUGUCGAUAGCAUCUCAAACUCUUGCAAUGGAUUGCUUCUUGUGAUGAGUGAGCCACCUGUAGUGUGGAAUCCGUUUUCAAGAAAUCACCGGGUUUUACCGGAGUCUGCUGUCGAUUACCCUAGUGAGUUGCACAGUUAUUCAAAGACUACUUACGGAUUUGGCUAUGACUCGAGGAAUGACGAUUAUAAGGUUGUUAGGGUUGUCGAAUUUAGAAAUGAAAUUAGCCAUGAGUGGAUAGGUUCUGAGACCAAAGUUUAUAGCCUGAAAUCAAAUUUGUGGAAAAGGGUUGAGGAUUUCCCUUAUCCACUCCCCUUUCUGAAGGGAAAGUGGCGUGUGCAUAUCAAUGGUGCAUUGCAUACACUGGUGGAGGAUUCUGACUAUAUGUAUUUGAACAGAUCGGUUAGAAUUAUGGCUUUUAGUGUUGAAACUGAGACCCAUUAUAAUAUACCGCUUCCACCUGGUAUGCUGAUUAAAGAUCUUGAUAUGAGGUUGGAUGUUAUAGGAGGAUGUCUUUGUGUAGUGUGUUCUAACAAGUCUCGGGUCAAGAUAUGGAUGAUGAAGGAAUAUGGAGUAAGUGAAUCCUGGACUAAAUUUAUAUCAAUUGGCGUGCCAGAGAUUGAGCGCAACGAUAUUGUUAGGCCUUUGGUGUAUUCGGAGGAUGAUAAUAGGGUUCUUUUGAACUGUGAUGAUAAAAGACUUGUUUGGUACGAUUUGAGAACUAAAACUAUUGAAAAUGUUGCCGUUAGGGGUUUACCUUUUGUGUUCUAUGCUGAGGUCUGUGUUGAAAGCCUCAUUCCCCUAGAUGGAUCUGAUGGAACUGAUGGGAUCAAGAAACUGGGACAAGAGAAGAGGAAGAAAAAGAUCAGGGACAUAAGGGAUGAUUUCCUCUCAGAGGGAUUCAAAUUGGUGCUGUGA